AUGCAGUGGUAUUACAAACUGUUGGCCCGCCGUCCCCAUCUGGUGUUAGUGGCCGUAGGCAUUUUCUCCAUUGCCUGCAUCGUCGUGGCGUUGUGCACACGGAAGCUACCCGAUUUCGAUGAUCCGACUCUGGGAUUCGAAGCUCGUGGCACUUCGAUCGGUAAACGGUGGACGGCUUGGCGGAAUCUGCUCGAGGAAACCAGCGUGUCGGGGCGUUUGGUGGCCAACCCGAAAGAGCUCACACUCGGCACGGACAACCUUCUGCAUCGGUCGUCGAACGGCGAGGGCACUGGCGUUGGGAUAAAGAUACCCAAGCGGAAGCAGAAGAAAGCUAAGAAAAAAACAUCGAACGCCGGUAAUGGCGAGGAAGCCAAAAAACACUCCAAGCAGAGUAAUAAUCUACGGAUUUUGAAAGAACUGUAUCACAAUCAAACUGCAACGAAUGGAGAGAUUAUCAGCUUUGAGGAGUACGACAACGAAACGGCUCCGCGCCGCGGUGGACGACAAGAGGUGUGGGAGUACGGUACGAACCAAUCCUUCUACACCGAGGAAGUGGGCAACAAAACGAUGGAGAAAAAACGAGCCAAAUGGGAUACCCUGCGGAAGCUGAAACCACCCCCGGAACAGAUAGAGAUGCACAUUCCGUCCGAUGGGUUCUUCUGCGAAUCGCCAAAUAAGGAGUACGCCCACCUGGUGGUUCAACGAGUGAAUCACAACCUAAACGAGUCCUUGUUUGAGUUGAACGCCUUCCUCGCGCUGUGCGAGCUCGAGCAAACGAUUUUCAAAGUGGAUCACUACGGCGAUAUCUGCCAGCAUGAGCUCACAUCCGACGACUGCUGCCGCCCGUGGUCCAUUGUCAACUACGCGACUUUUCUCUCGAAUAAAUCGUCCUGCUUUGAGCUGAACGAGGAGGACGUGGCGAUGGUGAAGACGCUGCUGUUCGAUUGUUUCCAGUACUACCACAAUAUGAAGCUGAGCAACGACUGCAUGCGGUCGAGCUGCAUCGCACCGAGUGAGUGCAAGCAGCACAACGCAGUGUACAACAUUCUGCACUAUCUGGCGAACGUCGAUUUUAUCAGACAAAAUGAGUCGGCUGAAUUUUUGAACGCCACUAUGAUCUUUCUUCCCAUUGCCCGAAGUAUUAAAACGAUGGAGUUUUAUCACAGUUUAAGCCAAACUAAUCUUGCCAACGACCUCGUAUCGGUUGUCGCCAUGGACAUGGGAUUGAAAAAUGCGCUCUUCGAUGAGUGUCUGCUUCGGGAUGGUUGGCUGAUCGGUAUGGGAGGCCUGUUCGUCGUCAUUUGCAUGUGGCUGUACACGGGCUCAUUGUUUGUCACACUUAUGACCGUGCUGGCGGUGAUAUUUUCUCUAGGCAUCGCGUACUUCAUUUAUUCCUUCAUAUUCGAGCUUACGUUUUUUCCCUUCAUGAACCUGCUCGCCGUCAUUGUGGUCGUAGGUAUUGGAGCAGACGAUGCGUUCAUCUUCCUGAAAAUAUGGCAGUGCACGAUCGCCGACCGUAUGAAGUGUGGUGGAGGUAUCGUCGUGCCGAUUGCACCGUCAACAUCGUCAUGCAAUUCGGAGGGCAGUGGAACGGUGCCGGGCCGUCGGACGUCCGACACGUUGGUGGAGAUCAUGGGCUGUACACUCCGACACGCGGCUCUAUCGAUGUUAGUUACCUCCUUGACGACAGCGGCCGCAUUCUACGCGUCCUAUGUUAGCUCCAUUACGGCAGUGCGUUGUUUUGGCAUUUUCUCCGGCACAGCAGUAAUGGCGAACUAUUUCCUCAUGGUAACGUGGCUCCCGGCAGCCGUCUCAAUUGCGGAACGAAUAUCCUGCCUCAUGCUGCUCAAACCGUUCGCCCGCGUAACCCACCGCUGCACUAUACCUUUUAUUGCCAUGGCUCAGUUUAGCCGCCGCAUCGAAGAUGCUGUCAUAGAGCUUAUCAUCAACUUGCCGUGGCUGUGGAUCACCUCACUGGGUACGGUCGGUAUUCUCAGCGGUGUUCUAGUGCUACACUGGCCAAAGUUGCGGCUGCCAGAUUCACCGGACUUUAAGCUUUUCAUAAGCAACCAUCCGUUCGAGCGGUACGACAGCGAGUAUAAGGACAUGUUUUGGUUCGAGAAAAUGUACACGACUACGGAGAGCUUCAAAAUUCCGCUCCGCUUCGUGUGGGGUGUGCUGCCCGUCGAUCGUGGUAAUUUCCUCGAUCCGGAGCAGCGAGGUGAGCUGUACUUCGACGAAACGUUCAACAUGAGCGCCCCCGAGUCACAGCAAUGGUUGCUGCAGUUUUGCCGACGAAUCAAGAACCAAACGUUCUACCAAACCAGCUACGGGUUGCUGCUGCCAAAUUGUUUCAUCGAAAACUUCAUCAGCUGGAUGGCGCGACGGUGCAACGAUUCCAUGGGCGAGAUCGACCGAACACCGUGCUGCGAAGUGUCACCGUUUCCUUUCGCACCGGACAUUUUCGAUCAGUGCCUACCGGAGUCGAUAUCGUCGCUGUACGAAACGCCGCGGGAGUUUUUCAUACCCGGCGUAGCCGGUCCGAAGUUUGCCCGCAGUUCGUUUGUAGUAGAUCGACAGCAGCAGAUAUCGGUGGCAGCAGCAGCAUUAACCGACAGCGUUGAUCCGCCGGUACCUAAAACCAAGGUGGUGAAGGCGGUUGUGAUCGAGUAUGAGAGCACGCAGAUUUUUACCAUGUCCUACCCGGAGAUCGAAUCGUUCGUGCGCACGGUCGAAAGCUGGCUGGCCGAACAGCUGCACGAUGCGCCACCCUCGAUGGCGAACGCUUGGUUUAUCAGUGAGCUGGAGUUUUUCGACCUGCAGGACACGCUGUCCACCGGCACAAUGGUAGCCAUCGCGAUGGCCAUGGCCGUGGCCCUGUUGGUACUGAUGCUUGUGACGCUGAACGUGCUAAUCAGCCUGUACGCGAUCGUGACCGUUACACUCACCAUACUCACAACGGUGGCGGUGCUGGUGCUGCUCGGAUGGAAGCUGAACGUGCUGGAAAGCGUUGCAGUCAGCACGGCGAUUGGAUUGGCGGUAGACUUCAGUCUCCAUUACGGUGUGCAUUAUCGACUCUCGACGGAACCGGACCGCCGAUCUUCGACGCGCUUCUCACUUCAACGGAUGCUGGGCCCGACGGCGAUGGCCGCCAUUACAACUGGCAUCGCCGGUGCGCUGAUGUUGCCCUCGAGCGUGCUGGCGUACAUACAGAUCGGGGUGUUUUUGGUGAUCGUCAUGUCGAUCAGCUGGCUGUACGCGACCUUCUUCCUUAUGAGUCUGUUGCGGGUGGCCGGACCGCAGUACGGAUUCGGGCAGUUCCGCUACCCUAAACUGCGUACGGCUUUGCGUAGUGUCGAUGGUUGCAAGGCGAUCACGCAGCUUGACGCCAGCGGAGCGCGAAUGACGCAUCAUCAUCAUUAUCAUGCAUCGCAUCACCACCAAGGUGUGGUAUCGGAACAGCUGCUGUCCAACUCGAGCUCGGCGGCGGGCGAUCUGGUCGGUUCCGAGUCGCACGAGCUUGACUCGCUGACGUCGAACUCGAUCAUCAAACCGGUCAACCUGGACAUUGCCCGGCCGAUCAAUUUCGAUCGAGCGUUCAAGAAGAAAUACUCACUGCCUCACGAGCAGAGCCCUUCCACGGCCAGCGCCAUUACGAUGGUGCUGCCGGAUGAUGUAGAUAUUAGAAGCGCCCACCAGAGCGGACAUUAAUUAGCUUCGGGAGAAACGGCUACGUUGUGAGACUUACCAAAUAACAAGGGACGAAGGCAGUCGUCCGCAUCCCGUAGUGUUACACACAUUUAUAUGUACUUAGAACGAUGUCAUAGAGUUUGAGUAGGAUUCAUUGCACUAGAGCACGCUCCGACGCUUGACACGGCGAGGUACGAUUGAAACGGAUCUUUCCGCUGUCAUGCAGUCGUUACACGUUUACCGAGGCCAAAUCCUGUUGAGGGAAGCUAUCGUAUUAGAACUUGUUAGAAAAGGCGCAGUUCCAAACUCUAGGCCCCUUUAGCCCGC